AUCACGACAACUAGCUUUCCACGUUCAUUGACUUCCUUCCUCAAUUUCUGAUGGCUCGAUCAAAAUUACUGCUACUAUAGGUAGGUCUUGAUUGAGUAUCCUCCCCGGGUCUACAGAUCCAGUAACAAUGACCAAGAUGCAAUUGGACAUCUGACUUGCCGAUAUGCUUACGGUUAGAUCUCGUUCAUCAAAGCCAAGAGACACUUCCCCCAUUCUCUCGAUGUCACAUUUCAAUCUCGCAUAUUCUAGGAGAUAUGCGGAUUAUCAUAUGUGGAAGUCAAAUCCUCAUUAUCACUAGAUAACAACUAUAAACAAUCUAUGAGUCAUUUCAUAAUGUCUUAAGUAGGUAGUCAAGGUAAGAUAGAGUAAGAUAGUAUAGUUAAGUUACGAAUUCCUCUUUGAAUCGCUAUUCUUGUUCUCCUCCUUCUUUUCCAUUGCCCAUUCAUAGUACACAAUAAUGGCCAUACCCUCCAUCACCCCCUCCUCCCCGUCCCCCAAAUUCGCAAAAGUCGACCUCAUUCCUUGGGAUCCAGAAUCUCCAUCCCAUGUCGAGAGAUUAUUCAAUCAACGAGUAGCCUGUACCUGGAACUCAGAAUAUGUAGAAUCAUGGCGAGAAAAACAGAGACAGGGCGCUAUUACUCUUCAAUGGAUCGUUUUACCAAUUACCACCGUCGCUCGCGAUGAUCUUCAUAAGCUCCACACAACGCAAUUCCCCUUGGAAUCAGAACCAUUAAUCGAUUCAGCAACAACAUUCAACGCACUCCCUCGUACCCUUCCCUCACCACCCCACUCCUUCCUCCCCAUCGGUCACAUAGCCCUCGAAGUCCAACCGUCCUCUCCCAUCUCCUCCUCUCCCUCCUCCACCUACAAAAUAUCUGGUCUCUACAUUUCCGGCGCCAUGCGUAGCUUAGGUCUAGGUCGCGCAACUAUGGAUACAAUCGAGACACUUGCCUCUUCACCCCCGAUUUCUGCGAAAAAAUUAUUGCUAGAAGUUAUAGCGAAUGAAUAUCCGGGGAAGGAAGAACGGAAUGUGGCGCUGAAAAUAAACAAGCAGCCGGUGGAGAGACAGGAUUGGUAUGCUAGGAGGGGGUAUAGGGUUGUGGGGAUGAAGGAUGGGAUGUGGCCUGAAAAGGAUGAGGAGGGGAGGGUAUGGACGGCUAGGUGUUUGUUUAUGGAGAGGGUUGUGGGGUAG